ACCGCGGCGCCUGGUGCCUGCAGCCUCCCGGCCCGCCAGGGGAAGGGCAGCGCAGCGCAGCGCGCCCGCCUCCCGCCUCCCCCCGGGAUCUGCACUUGCCUUGCUGGAGACUGAGCGGAGGGGCCCGGCCCGGCCCGGCCCAGCUAGGGCAGCUCCUCUGGGCGCAGCGUGCGUCCUCGCCCGGCGAGCCCCGCAGGAUCUGGGACCGGCUGCCUGCGGCGGAGCAGAGAUCGGGAUUCGGCACUACUCUCUCUUGUCAAGCUUCUUCACCAUCAUGGGCAGUAAGACUCUGCCAGCUCCGGUGCCCAUCCACCCUUCCCUGCAGCUCACCAACUACUCCUUCCUGCAAGCCUUCAAUGGCCUGCCAGCCGUGCCUUCGGACCACCUGCCAAACCUCUACGGCUUCAGUGCCUUGCACGCCGUCCACCUUCACCAAUGGACACUGGGCUAUCCGGCCAUGCACCUGCCCCGUUCAUCUUUCUCCAAAGUGCCUGGCGUGGCCAGCCUGGUGGAUGCCCGGUUUCAGCUGCCUGCCUUCCCUCUGUUCCCACACGUCAUCCACCCCAAGCAAGAAGUCACCGGGGUGCCACUCAAAGCCAAACCCAGAUUUGAUUUUGCGAAUCUUGCCGUGGCAGCCACCCAAGAGGACCCUUCAAAGCUCGGACAGAUCGAUAACCAAGGCUCCUCGCCCAGCUUAGGCUCUUUGCUUGAGGUGACCAAGCUUUCCCCCGAGAAGAAACCCACCCGCGGGAGGUUACCUUCCAAAACCAAGAAGGAAUUUGUGUGCAAGUUCUGUGGCCGACACUUCACCAAGUCAUAUAACCUCUUGAUUCAUGAAAGAACCCACACGGAUGAAAGGCCGUACACGUGUGACAUUUGUCACAAGGCCUUCAGAAGACAAGAUCACUUGCGAGAUCACAGAUAUAUCCACUCGAAAGAAAAGCCAUUUAAGUGUCAAGAAUGUGGGAAAGGAUUUUGCCAGUCCAGGACUCUCGCUGUUCACAAGACACUGCACACACAAGUAAAGGAGCUCAAACCUUCCAAAAUUAAAUGCUGAAUCUUCCAAUCCCCAAGAACUUCAUUCCCCUUUCUGACUUUUUAGAUCAAAUUCAUGCUAAAGACAAAGGGGAACACACUGAACAUUAAUUUAAUUUCUUUUUUUUAAAAAGAAACAACAGCAACAAAUGCACACAAAAUACAGCCAGCUUUUCUGCACCCUGGGCAAUAACGUUGAUUUGCUUCCGAGUUACACAGAAGAGCGUAAAUCUUGCAUCGCUUCUAUUAACUUUAUGUCAAAAGGUGGUGCUCAAGUGUUGGAGAGGAAUCUUCCCUUGUUAAGACACAAACAACACCAAACUCGCUUCCAAAAGUAUUGCUUUUAUUUUUUUUUUAGUUUUAUCCUUUUGUGUGUGUCUGUUUAAAAGUUUAUACACUUCAGAUGAGAAAAGAAUUAGAAGAUCUUCCGGCUUCGCGUUUUAAGCACUGCCGAGACUGACAGAAGGCCACUGAUACAUUCUGUAUUUAACAUUCUCAAUAACCCUUCUGGAAAUGGAUCCUGUGGCCCACAGAUCGUAAUGCUUCGAUGAUCUUCCAUUGACGGGUCUCCUUUCUGCACACUUUGGCAAGCGCCCUGGUGUUUCUGUUUGCUUGUAUGUUUGUUUGUUUGUGGUCUGGUGCCUUGAGAGGUGUUUUGUAAUUUGUGGAUUGACUCCAACCAAAACAAAACACUCAAGGUGAGAAGGGUGAAGGAAAGCUGGGGAUGACAAUAAAUCAAAGCGACUGCUAUGUGCAGUGUGGUUUUAGUGGUACUUUCAAGUUGGAGUGUGUCCGGAUGGGGGAAUGAGUGGAUUCUGGGGGUGGGGUGACAAAUCUCAGCCUGAGAGCUUUAUCUGAAGUUGUUUUGUUUCUUAAGCAGUGUAAAGAACUGAGACAUUCCAAUAUGUUUUUGGUUAAAGUUAUUGCUAUGUGGCACUUUAUGCUGAUUCUUGAUAAUGAACAUUUAUCACUGGAUUUUAUUUGUGUUUUUUUAAAUAUUAAAAUAAAUCGGUAUUUUACAGGCAAGUCUUUGUUGGGUGACGUUUUCACUGUCUGUGUUAAAACAUGUUUGAUCAACGCCUUCCGAAUUUCAGUUGUGAUGUCUGGCGUUCUGUUGCUUUCUGGAAAUGUAAUCAAUAGCUGUAGAUCUGAA